AGCCUAUGUGAGAAGGAGCUCCGCUGUCUGUCCACUAUGUGGUGGAGAGGCUGCUGUUUAUUGUCCAUAAUAGACAGAACGGAUCAACCUACUGUAGGUUCAUCCGUUGGUCUUCUUCUAAUGUGUUUUAGUGCCACGGAUGUAUAGUUUGUGUGUCUCAUGUUGCAUUAUGCAUAUUUUAAGACCCUUAGGCUUGAGGCCUACAAGGCCAGUUUAAGACAGAAGGUGCUUGAGAUGGGUUAGGUUAGGUUAGGUUAAACCUUAUUAAUCCCAUAGGGAAACUGAGGUUAUCUGUUGCUCACACAUUAAUUCACAUCCACACAGCAUUAAAAUCGUACAGCUGGGGACACCCAUAAAAGAUACAAUAAUAUAAUAAAUAAAUACAUGACCACUAAAACGAGGUCUAGUAAAAGUGCUUAAAUAUGUUAAAAUACUAGUUACCCCGUCUCCCUCCCUUUCAGCAUUAUAAAGCCUAACGGCCCGUGGGACAAAGCAGUUUUUAAUCCUCUCGGUGGAACAGCCCAGUGAGAGGAACCAGUCCCUGAAGGGGCUCCUCUGGUUGGAGAAAACAGCGUACAGAGGACGGCUGGUGUUCUCCAGGACUAGCCUGGGUUUAGACGGUGUCCCCUGUUCCACCACCGUCUCCACAGACUCUGGGCCCACACCGACCGCGGAGCCAGCUCUGCAGAUGAGGCGGCGGCUCGGUCUCUGUGUGUUUGGAAAGUCUUGGAUCAAUCAGCCCGUGAAUGUUUUCUAUUUCAUUCUAUGACUUUAUCAUUUGCCAAGUGACUGUCUCAUUGAGCCUUUAGUUGUGUUUUAUGCAGUAUUGUGAUCACAUCUAACUGGGGGCCAUCAGCAAGAGGACAAUGUGACUUGAGGAAGAGACCAAGAGCUUUCACGUGUCGUUAUCCGGGGAUGUUUCAACGGAGCGUUUCCGCUGCCCUCUGUUCGGUUUUACAUCAGAGACGAGCCAGAAUGAGUGCAGCUAGAGCAGCAAACGAGUUGAAGCCUUUGAGUCCCAAGGUCGGCGAUGACGGGUAGGAAAGGGGCCCGUGAUGAAGCCCCGCAGCAGAACAGCCGGAGCGGGGCUCGGAGGCUCGGAGAGACGGAGAGACGGAGAGCCAGCGGCCGCUUGGAGCGCGUCAAGAGCUGAGCCAAUCAGAUCGAGGCGACGGCGCAGCGAGAUUAGCGUGCAGCCUGUAUAAGAGGCGUCCACGCGCCUGCGCACAUCAUUCGCUGUCGCUGUUUCCCAGGAAGCCGUGAGGAUGCCCGAACCCGCAAAGUCUGCGCCCAAGAAGGGCUCCAAGAAGGCCGUGACCAAGACGGCCGGCAAGGGAGGCAAGAAGAAGAGAAAGACCAGGAAGGAGAGCUACGCCAUCUAUGUGUACAAGGUGCUGAAGCAGGUCCACCCCGAUACCGGCAUCUCGUCCAAGGCCAUGAGCAUCAUGAACUCGUUCGUCAACGACAUCUUCGAGCGCAUCGCCUCCGAGGCGUCCCGCCUGGCUCACUACAACAAGCGCUCCACCAUCACCUCCAGGGAGAUCCAGACGGCCGUGCGCCUCCUGCUGCCCGGAGAGCUGGCCAAGCACGCCGUGUCCGAGGGCACCAAGGCGGUCACCAAGUACACCAGCUCCAAGUGAAGCUGCCGCUUCCCAACAACAACAACAAAGGCCCUUUUAAGGGCCACACAAAUGGACCUGGGAGAAAAGCCUGUCCGAUCAGAACCAUCACUUGUGUUGACUUCAUUUCGGUUCAAAUGUGUAAAAUGAAAGGUUUAAUAAUCCAUUA